AUGGCGGCAACCCAUUCGGUGAGGACACGAAAUGUUCACUCGGGAGCACACAACGGGCCCUUGCCGGGAAUUUCCGAGUUGGAACAGAUUGUCCGCAAACUCGAAAAUGGAAUGACUCUGAUCAAAUUCGAUCAGAAGGGUAGACCGGAGAAACGACGAUUUUUCGUCAAAGUUGAAACCCGUCAACUGUUUUGGAGUCGCGAAGGCCCGAACGGAAGAUUCAUCGACGAGGGAAGCCUGGACCUACGAGAAGUAAAGGAACUCCGACAUGGACCCACAGCAAAGAUGUUCGAGCGUUGGCCAGAUGAAGCCAAGCGUUGGGACACUCACAAUUGUUUUGCCUUCUUUUACGGCAAUACUUUCAGACUCAAGUAUCUUCAAUGUGUGGCGACAACUCUUCAGGAGUGCGAUCAGUGGGUUCGAGGUUCUCGCUACCUCGUCGAAGACACGAUCGGCGCAAGCUACCCGCUUCAGGUCGAACGUUGGCUCCGAAAAGAGUUCUAUACGAUGGUCAACACGAGAGACACGAUAUGUCUCAAAGACAUUAAGGCGUUUCUUCCGAGAGUGAAUUGCAAAUUAUCGACGAACAAACUAAAGGAACUGUUCCAAGUCGUAGACUCGAAAUCGCAGGGGGAAGUGGGCUAUGAAGGAUUUGUUAACUUUUAUCACAAUCUUAUGACUCCGGAACGGCUUCUGCCAGAUACGCUCAAGAGCUACACCAGUGAAGACAAUAAGAACGUUACCUUAAGGUCGUUUUGUAAUUUUCUGUUGACGGUGCAGAAGGAGCCUAUAGGAGAUGCUGUUAUAUCGGCGAGGAUGAGGAACUUCCUGCAAGAUGCCCUUAGGGACACUCAGGAGCCAUACUUCAGUCAGCAAGAAUUCGUCGACUACCUGUUCUCGAGGGAUAAUCAACUAUUGGAUCAAGCCAAAUGCGAGCUCCAGCAGGACAUGACUCGUCCCUUGACACACUAUUGGAUAUCAUCGAGUCACAAUACGUACUUAACAGGGGACCAAGUCAAAAGUGAAUCGUCGUGUGAGGCUUAUGCAAGAUGCCUCCGGAUGGGUUGCCGAUGUAUAGAACUCGAUUGUUGGGACGGGCCCGACGGAAUGCCUCACAUUUAUCAUGGACACACGCUCACCACGAAAAUUCGGUUCAUCGACGUGCUGCACACAAUCAAGGAACACGCUUUCGUUGCGUCUGAGUUCCCGUUGAUUUUGUCGAUUGAAAAUCACUGCACACUACCGCAACAGCGUCAGAUGGCCAAUUUGUUUCAAGAAGUUUUCCGAGAUAUGUUGUUGAUUCUGCCCAUCGAGCGGGACGCACGAGAGAUGCCUUCACCUCUACAGUUGAAAAGGAAAAUCAUCAUAAAGCACAAAAAACUCCCUGAAGGAUGUGAUGAGAAGUUCGUUGUGACUAGGGAGGAUUCGAUCGGACCUCAGGAGACAGACAUUUCGAACUCAGUCAAAAACGGGAUUCUGUAUCUUGAAGAUCCGUCGGAAAAAGAAUGGAAGUCGCAUUUCUUCACGCUUACGCAAUCGAGGAUGUACUACGCCGUAGAGGAGCAAAUUUCACCUGCACCUGGAGAGGAGGAAGAGGACGCCGAGAAGGAACAGGCCACGCAGAAUAUCCUGCAGAGAGAGGGUACCACUUCGGACGAGUUGCAUUUCGGAGAACGCUGGUUCCACGGGAAGCUGCCCGGAGGACGACAGAGGGCAGCGGAACUACUACAAGAGUACUCGUACCUUGGCGACGGAACCUUCCUUGUCAGAGAAUCAGACACGUUCGUAGGAGAUUACUCGUUGUCUUUCUGGAGACAGGGCAAAGUGUACCACAGCCGGAUCCGAACCAAGCAAGAAAGAGGCCAAACCAAAUAUUAUCUCAUCGACACGAUGUGCUUCGACACUUUGUACUCGUUGGUCACCCAUUAUCAAACGCAUUCUCUGAGAUCGCAGGAAUUCUACAUGUACCUGAACGAAACGGUGCCGCAACCGAACAGCCACGAAGGAAAGGAAUGGUAUCACGCGACAACGAGCAAAUCGAAAGCUGACGAAUUACUGAAAAAAGCACCUUGCGACGGAUGCUUCUUAGUUCGACCAUCCGAAAACAAGGAGGAUAAUUGCUUCGCACUCUCAUUUAGAGCUGAGGAUCAGACCAAGCAUUGCCGAAUUCGACAAGAAGGCCGACUUUUCCUCAUCGGCACGGCCCAGUUCGAGAGUCUUGUCGAUUUAGUUUCGUACUACGAGAAGAAUCCACUGUACAAAAAAGUAAAACUCAAGUACCCUAUAAGUGAAGGAGCUGUCAACCGUUUGAGAGACGAGCCGUCCAGUUCAACGUUCCAUUCAGACGCAGGUCAAUACAUGGACCCAAACAACUUCAAGAGCCAAAUCACAGUGAAAGCUCUCUACGACUACAGAGCACAAAAACCCGACGAACUGUCGUUUCCAAAGCAUGCGAUCAUCACGAACGUUCUGAAACAGGACGGCGGCUGGUGGAAGGGGGACUACGGAGGGAAGAAAGAGCAUUAUUUUCCGGCCAACUUUGUUGAAGAAGUCGAUCCCUCUUGCCAGACCGAGGAGGACGGGGCUGAAAUGUCCCCUCUGGGAAGCCUCCAAAAAGGCUUCAUAGACAUCGCGGGUUGCUCUGUAGAAAUUCUGCAAAGCAGAGGUCCCUACGUGUUCCGGAUCAGUUCACCGACGAAGUCGAUGCAGAAAGACAUCGCCGCGCCCUCCUACGAGGAAAUGGAGGAGUGGGUACAGAAAAUUCGACAAAUCGCCCAGUCGGCGAAUGACAAACUGGAGCAGCGCAAAGAGAUGGAGCGCAGCCUCCGUUUGGCGAAAGAGCUGUCGAACCUGAUCAUAUAUUGUCGGUCCGUACAAUGGUGUCCAGAGCGGAUUGGGAAUUUUUCCGAAAUGUCCUCGUUCCCCGAAACCAAGGUCGAACGUCUACUGGUUCCCGGUCAAGUGCAAUUCUUCAUGCGAUAUCAUAGAUUACAGUUUAGUCGAGUUUAUCCCAAAGGCAGCAGAAUCGACUCGUCGAAUUACGAUCCCAUUAGAUUGUGGAAUGUAGGCUGCCAGAUGGUAGCUCUCAAUUAUCAGACCCCUGAUCGACCCAUGCAACUGAACGAGGGUCGUUUCAUAACGAACGGAAAGUGCGGCUACGUGCUCCGCCCGGAAUAUAUGUUCAUCGAUAACUUCGACCCUUAUGACCGGAAGAGCUUACCCGCUAGCGUGCAGCCUUAUACACUCACAAUUAAGGUUAUUGGAGGUCGUCAUCUGAUGAAACCAGGUCGCGGUAUCGUGAGUCCGUUCGUGGAAAUCGAGCUCGUUGGAGCUGACUACGAUAAUGCUAAGGUCAAGACCGCCACGAUAUCUGACAACGGUUUGAACCCUGUAUGGAACGAAACCUUCCUCCUGGACGUCGCAAACCCUGAAUUAGCUCUGCUCCGGUUCGUCGUAUUCGACGUAGACAUGUUUGGUGACCCGAACUUUUUGGGCCAAGCCACAUAUCCAAUCUUGUGUCUCCGGACUGGUUACAGAAGUGUGCCUCUGAGAAACGAAUACAGUGAGGAUCUAGAAUUAGCCUCUCUACUGAUACAUUUCGACAUGAUUCCCGCCAAGCCCGAGGAUGAAGUUUACGCCUCUAUUCAAAAACUGCGGGAUGAAACUCGCGAAUUGGACGCUCGUCUCGGUGGUGUUGACGGUGGUCUCGACGCUGAAACUGCUUCCCAGAUUCGGAACACCCUACAGGAAAUGAAGGAACAACUCAAAACGAAAAACGACCAUAGAAGGCAGCUGCUCCUACAAUGUUGAUAAGGAUACAACAUCAACGCGAGUACGACUCUACAGCGAAACCGCGUAAUUCGCAAGCGGAGAUUCCGUUACAACCUCAUGGACUAGCUAUGAUCCGAUGCUGCUCUAUCAUCGACGUGCCGUACUCGACGAAUCGAGUCUUCGGUGAAACCGAAACGCUGA